CUCCUCAGUCGACGAAUACACCCCCUUCACCUUCAUCUAAUACUGCUUCCGCCAAUCACACAGAAAGUGAAAAUACCUUUUUUUAUGUUAGGGAACCCUUUAUUCGAUCUUCUGAAUGGCACCGCAAAACGGGUAUUGCCAACGGAGAGAUGAUUGAACGCGCUCUAGAACAAACUGAUAGACUCAUGUGCCCUAUCCUUUGGUCCUAUGAAUCCGCGGCAGUCCUUAGUCUCGAAUUGAUACAAAAGGGAACUGGAAAUCACAAACUGCUGCUGAUGAUGAAUAUGGGUCGAUUGAAGACCGGCCAUCACCUGGGCCUAGGCAUUGUGCGCAUAAUGAGGUAUUCAAAUGGCACAAACAAACAGAGAUUUCCGGAAUGUCUCGAAUAA